AUGUCCCCAUGGCCAGAAUUAAAAUGUCGGUGACUCAUCCAAAUGGUAUUCAAAAGCAAACACAGAAACAACACAGACCUGCAGGACGAGUUCACGAGUGGGCGGGGAGAGUUCAUGUUCAGGAGGAGAGCGUCUGUCUGCAGGUAUCUAUUCAUUCCUCACCUGCAGCCGCUCAGGUCAGACAUGGCACCGCUAUGGAUGCUUGUCUUCGGGAUUUAUAUCAUGUGCGUUUCGGGAAAGUUGGUCAACCUGAAUGAUACCGUGCAGUUAACGGUGAACGGGAGCUGCGCAGCUGCCGACAUGCAGCUGGUCCGGGUCCAGAGGACAGGACACAACACUCGGACACUUGCCAGACUUGUUGGCGGUGUGUGGCAGCCCGCUGAAGACUACAGGGACCGGGUUCAUCACGUCUCAGCCUCCAGCGUCAACCUGACCUGGGUUAACUUCAACGAUGAUGCGUUUUAUGAGUUCACUUGUAAAACUGAUCUUAUCACCAUCAUCGACAUGACUGUGGUCUUCUCCUAUGAUGUGAGAGUGUCUGAGGGGGAGACAGCCAGGAUCCCCUGCUUCUCCUCCACGGAGCGGACUCAGGGUGUACGGUGGGAGAGGGACGGGGAGCUGGUUCUGGUUCAGAACCGCUCCCCCAGAUGGCCUGAGAGUAGACUGUCGGUGUCCCCUGUCUGGGUCCAGACUGGAGACUUGUCCCUGACUGUGGAGGACGCUCAGCUGGAGGACGGAGGGAGCUACGUUUGUUACACCGUGGAUGGAAACGGAGAGAAGACCAGAGGAAAACCUGAUGCUGUGAAGUUUGUCGUCCAGCAUUUUGGUAUUUUUCAACAGCUGCCGACACCGGAACCUGAGAAGAAGCAGAUUGGACCUGGAUUAAUUGUCUGCAUAAUCCUCAUUGUGCUGCUCUUCUUCAUCUGCGUUCUGUUGGGAGUCUAUGUGUGGAAGACCCGCAGAGCUGGAGGUGUCAGAACCAGAGAACCCCCCCGCAGAUACAGAUACACAGAAGGCACUUCUGCGGAGAGAUCCUGAUCAGGUUCCUGAUGGAGGGGCCCACAGAGCGGAGCCAUGACACCCAGAAAUCAGCCCCACAUAUUAAUGAUUUUAAUUAUUACGACCUGAUUAAGAUCAAUGAUGGUUCAACUCUGUUUCUGAAUGACACAUCAUCUGCUUCUUUAACAAUAAAUGUGGCUUGAUUUUAA